UCUCUAGCAUGGACGUCUUCGUGCUUCAGUCGGCCCCUAGUGUUCAUCGGUGCCUGUGAUGUGUCGCAGUGAUUUGUGUUGGGUUUUGUAACACCGAACAAAGUAACCGCAACAAUAAAACCCGAAAGAUGCAUUAAGUACGAACUCUACCUGUACAUAAGCAAAGCACUGUGAUAUUAGGUUUAAUCGUAGGAUGAGAAUUUAAGUUAAGGGUACGGCGCUUCGACACUGAAGAGGGGUGAAAAAUAAAUGGAACAGAGUCAGAAUGAACAAAAUACAUUCGCGACUUUUGGCUUUGGUUUUGAGUAUUUUCUUGAUACAUGCAGCUGACCCUCCAGUUCAGAGACCGUCAGGGGCCUUCAUCAACUAUCUUCCGAAGAACAGGACCGUGAACAACGAAGGCGAUUAUUUAAUUAACGUCAAAAAUGAGUCAUCUGAAAAAGAAACUGCGACCAAAAUUCCCCAAAGUGAUAACGAGGAGCUGAGGAAUCAUGACGCCAUCAACCGAUUUCUCCAAAGAGAAAGAAAAACGGAAUAUGAGAAGUUACUCGAGAAGGAUUUCAUAAGACCUUUACUCAGACUUUACGAGCAGCAUAUACAUCGAGAACCGGAUUAUAUAACAGGAAAUUCCUCUGGCUUGGAAAGAAUUUCCAAAGAGGAUUACGUCGAGAACUUUAAGAUUUUAUCGAAGGACGAGAUUGAUUUGUUGAUACAUGGGGGUGAGACGUACCAGAGGAAUCACGACCAACAGGUCGAGCAGACGAUUAACAGGAGGGACGACACUGUUGAGAGGAGUCGGGACGAACACAUAGGGGAAAUUUUACCACCUAGUCUUCCUAAUUCCCACAGAUUCGGCCCAGUUCGGCGGUUUUAUUAUCAACCGGCAAUCAGAAGUCGUAAAUCUUACGACGAACAACCUUUCAAACCCAUUCGGAAACCCAUAACUUUCCCAGGUGAUCGAUUUCGACCAGAAUACGAGCCCAGUGGGUUUUCGUCGGAAGGUUUCGAACCGGAACAUCCUUAUUCGGAUGAAAGGAGUCUGUUCAACAGGCCUAGUAGGCCAGGCUUGCCACCCAACGAAGUUUCUGGUUUUCGAUUGCCGAGAAGACUGAGACAUCCUGAAGGGUUUCCUCCUACGGCUAGAGAGCCCUUUUGGCAAGCCCCUUGGGCAAGUUCUAGGCGACCAAGAGUGAUUUUCCCUUCGGAUUUAGUAUCAUUUAGGGAGCCUAGCGGCAAUCAGGAAGAACCUGAUUGGUUGGCCGGAGACAACAAUUUGCAGGACAUUCAAGAGCAAGACACUCGAGACAGAGGAACGAUAGUGGGGUGCGCUUCAGGGGUGACGUGCGAAUUUUUCCUAACGUGUUGGCUGUCCGGGGGCUUGCUAGAGUCCCCCUGCGACGGCCUGCUGAGGGGCUGCUGUCAGCGGGGAGCUUCUAAGACUGGUCACAGCGCAAACUUGGCGGUCGGUACCCUCGAGGCACCCCCUGAAUCCCCCAAAUCCAGCCUGCUUGACGCCGAUUAUCGAUGUGGUAUUUCGUCGAGUAGGCAGCAAGCGCAAAGGAGGAUUGUCGGAGGUGAAGAAGCGGGCUUUGGAACUUUUCCUUGGCAGGCUUACAUUCGAAUCGGAUCUUCCAGGUGUGGAGGUUCUCUAGUCAGCAGGCGCCAUGUCGUAACUGCGGGUCAUUGUGUGGCAAGGGCAACCCCGAGACAGGUGCACGUUACCCUCGGAGAUUACGUUAUCAACUCAGCGGUAGAGCCAUUGCCAGCGUACACCUUCGGGGUUUCUCAAAUACAGGUACAUCCUUUCUUCAAAUUCACCCCUCAGGCGGACCGCUUCGACGUGGCCGUCCUGCGCCUCGACCGCACCGCUCAUCAGCUUCCACACAUCACCCCCAUCUGCCUGCCCCCGCGCGGGGAUAACUUCCUGGGGGAGGUCGGGGUGGCAGCCGGCUGGGGGGCGCUCAGUCCGGGCUCGAGGCUGCGGCCGCAGACUCUCCAAGCUGUGCAAGUGCCAGUGAUUGAUAACAGGGUUUGCGAACGAUGGCACAGGUCGAAGGGCAUCGGGGUGACCAUUUACGAUGAGAUGAUGUGCGCGGGGUACAAAAACGGGGGCAGAGACAGUUGUCAGGGCGACUCCGGGGGGCCGCUGAUGCUGCAGAAACAGGGACGAUGGUUUCUGAUCGGGAUUGUUUCGGCAGGAUACAGUUGUGCGCAACCGGGACAACCGGGAAUUUAUCACAGGGUGGCACAUACGGUCGAUUGGAUCACGAGAGCGAUUGGUGUUUAGUUGCCACCCCCACAGACUUAUUAGUUUGAUAAAUGAGUUCUUACUUCACUAAUUGAGGUCUCUGUUUGUCGUUUUUCUUUGAAGGAGUACUGAACUGAGUAUUGUUCUUGAAGAGUGUAGUAUUUUGUAUAAAAUGUCCAUUUGAAGAAUUUAGUCGGCGGUUUGGCUUAGUGCUAAUAGCUCUCAGGUCACUGAGAAGUGAAACAGAAAGACAAUUAUCAAAGUUAUAUACAUAUCGCUUCGGAUUUUUCCUUACUUGUGAUAUUAAUUGUUAUUGUUGAUUUGAACGUGUUAACACACAGAGUCCGUAAAGUCUCACUUUUCUGCUACGUCCGAAAAGUAAUUUUGGAAUCGCUUGCGGCUCCUUCACCAGUUUUCGUGCUAGUUCGUAAAAGUUACCUGACAGUUUAUAAUUUAUAAUACAAAUAACGUUAACAAUAAUCUUUGUAAAAACUUUUAGAGUUAAAAUUAUCUCUUUGACCCGAGGGGUGUCUCCAUUUUAAGUCAACGUUUUCUGAAUAUCAACAUCUUCUCACAGACUAGUCCAUAAAACCUAUGUCGACUAUUUUUAGCUUGCAAAUUAGCACCAUCAAGACCUCUUGACGCUGAAAAUUCAUCCAGAACCGAGUUUCAUUAAUCUUGCUUAAUUUUAAAGCACCUCAUUAUAAAAGCAUAAAAGAUUCAGGUGGGAACAUGUGCAAUUUAAAGGUUUUGAGCAUAAAUACCGUCAAAUGUAUGACUUGGGUAAAUGAACCCACUCCACAAAAUGGGUUAUGCCAAGACUGACUCAACUCAGAAUAUCUAUCUGUAAAUUUGUUUCCAAAUACAACUUAACACUUUAGUUUGUGUUCAGUCUAUCUCUGACACUGCUGAAUUUGAAUUUAUUACAAUUUUUAUUCACAGCGUUUUAUUGCCAGCGUCCAUAAAAUUCGUUUUAAAAAUUAACAGUUAGCUGUGUUUUAUCGUUAUAUACCCUGGAAAUAAUUGAUGAAAUGGUUGCUGCUAUGGUCGUUAUCAGUUCGAUAUUUUUAUGGGCCUUUAGUAGUUUAAAAUGUUCUAUGAGUUUUUUCCGCAAUAGAAUUUUUAAACUUUUAUAUUUCCAUGCAAUAGGUUUUUUCUGAUCGAACGUAAAAAUGCUAAUGGUACCUAAAUUUGUAUUGUACCUUAUAUUUGGUACUUGGUACUUUAAACUAGAGCACUGGUGAUACUUUACGUGAAACACUCAAAGAGUAACAUCUACCACAUGCUAUUGUCAUACAGAAAAGUUGUCGGCUAUAGCUUUAUGGUCAAAUUAUUUUUUUUGUAGGGUGUUUUUUCCAAGAAUUUUUAACUACAUAUAACCAAACAUUUAUUAAAAUCAAAAUUUUGUAGUGGUGCCAUUUAAUUUUCCUAUAGUUUUUGGCAUCAUGGCGUAAUUGGACGUUUUUUUAAGGUUCAAUUUAGCAUUAUAUCUGUGGUACUGUUCCAUCGUUUCAUCGAUACAGUUUAUUUAGGUAUUAUUUACAUCGUUCUGAAUUGGUUCCAUAUUUUUCUACGUGAAAUACGGACAAUAUGACUUUCUUUCAUAUAUGAAACUCCUGAUUGUAUCUACACGAGACAAUAAAGAGAAAUAUAUUCUCCUUUUUUAUGUCAACUGUUCAAAUAAAGUGAUAACUGUAUCGUAACUCAAAAAUAAAAACAAAAAUUUGUUCACUACUUAAUAUAAAGUGUGCUGAUAACUUUACAAUUUCGAGGUGAUCCAUAUUAAUACUAAAAUCGUUUGGCUAUUUGGAAAAUACUCCAUUUUAACCUUCAUCAUUGUUAUUAAUAGAUAACUUUUUAAUAAUUAUAACAGUCAUGCCAUCACUGCUAACUUAUUUUUCCAGAAUUGAAAAUGAAAUAGAACAAGGUUUCGCAUAUUUUGUUCAACCUUAGACUUAACAUUCCUACAACAGUGAAGAACUAUGGUCACGAUGUUCUUCUUCGUGAAGCUCGUUUGCCACCACUGGUCAUAAUAUCACCGUGUCAUAUAAAUGACUUAGUACUAACCAAAUUCGUAAAAUUCCUGCCUUAUCGUGUAUUUUUUUUUACUCCGGUGAAAAAGUUUUAAUUACAACUGUUUGAUUUUUGCAUUAAAGUGUAUUUUGUGAUUCUUGAACUAAGUAGACAUAAAGAAAUAUUUUUGUGUUUCAUAUCUAGUAGUAAAUUAUUCAUUUUAAAUUAUUAAUACAAGUGUGUAAAAAUCUGGACUGGAAGUGAACGUAAUUUAUGUAAUUUUUAUAUAUUUAAA